CCUAACAUCAGGAGAGCUAUUCAGCCCAUAUCUGGAGAAUGCCGUAAACUUGAGUCCAAUAAGGGAUGUAAAUAAAACUUAUUUCACGCGCUGAAAUAAGCUAAUAUUAGUUUCUUGCGUUAGAUAACUUAAAUCCUCUGCGUCUUACCCACAGUUCAGAAGCAACUCAGAAGACAAUGGUAAACUUCCGACGUUAAGCUUAUCAACGCCAGGUUAGUUAACUUAGCACGGUAUUCGAGUCCGUUGUAGCAAAAAUUAGAAACAAGGUUGUAAACAGGAAUACACCAAACCAGAUGGAGGCUGCUUUGGAAUCAAUGCAAACUUGCGAAUUAAGCUCUGUCCUUUCUUCAUGUGAGCCAGAGCUUCAAGAGCUAAUGCGACAGAUUGACAUUAUGAUCAAUCAUCAGAAGAAAGUGUGGGAGGCUGAAACUCAGACCUUGGAGUUAAAGCUGAAAAGUGGGGAAGAGGCUCUCUUAACCUCAAAAAACACAAUUGAACGAAGGGACCUUGAGAUUGCAUUACUUCGCAACCAGCUUGAUGACACCCAGAGCGGUCGCCAGGACAUAAUUUCCAAAUAUGAGCAACAACUACAGAAAGUCAAGGAAGAGUUGGAUAAGUUGAAGAGGAGUUAUCACAAGCUCCAACACAAACAGCUCAAGGAUAAAAGGGGAGGAGCAAAAGAGACAGACCUUUCAAAGGACUGUCAUCAGCACUCUGCAGAGUGCCAACAGCUGCGUGCCAAGUACCAAAACCAGCUAACGGUGCUGGAGGCCCAGAAUAAGAACCUGACUGAUGAGCUUUCACAUUUAAAAUCCCAGCAACGAGCGGUGAGAGAGCACCGGGAGUGCUGCUCAGAGAUUCAGCUUCUGCGCACGCAGCUGGAGAAGGCCCAGGGCUGCGUGCACGCACAGAAACUUGAACUGGAUCGCCUCAGACCAUUUGAGACGUUAGGACGGCACAAGAGAGAUGAGCAGCUGCUGUCAGGUGCCACACAGGAUUCCCAGGAUCCAUUCGUGAGGAGUACCAAUCUUGAACACAAAAGGCUCCAAGAUGAAGCUAUUAGGCUCAAACAAGCACUUCACGCGAAAGAUCAAGUUAUCCGCUCUCUGGAGGAGUGCCUGGCAGCUCAGGGAUGUGCUGAUGUGGAAAACCUCCGAAUACACCUAGAGAGAACAGCGGCCAAACUUCAGUGUGCGCAAGCAUGCGAGGUCCACCUCAAAGCUGAACUCGCAUGCGUCAAAGAGAGGCUAGAGAGCGUGAGCGGACAGAAAAAUGACAACUCAAAGGCGGAGCAAGAACUCCGAAACCUCAGAGCGGAGUAUGACUCGGCCGUUUCGGAAAGGAAAAAGGUCAGGACUCCGGCUCGACUUGUUCAGAUGCAGAUUUUUCUUUGCAAGUGCAACAUCGGCCCUCUUCCCUCUGCGCGUGUUGAACAGCUCAGAGAGGAGCUCCAGUGUGCCAGGCAGGCUCACAGCGGUGAACUGGAGGGAAUGAGAAAGGAGGUGGCAAAGCUGACGGGGGAACUGCACCAGCGCAGCCUCACCAUCGCCACGCUGAGCAACUCCUCAGCCAGCGUCAAGCUUCAAGAUCAGCUGGACGCUCUACAAUCUGAGAACCACCACCUUAAGAGUCUGCUGCAUAACAUGCAGCAUCCCUCAGCUGAGACGAGGGAGAGCUACACGUCCUCCGUGACCAACAAGUGUUGGUCAAAGCAGAGUACUGUCUCAAAGCAGAUGCAGCACGGUGACUCUCAGCAGACAUGUCAGGAACAGAAUGAGCAACCUCUGCUCAGUCACCUGAGGCUUCAAGUUGACACACAGCCCACAAAGGCCAAACCGAAGGAGGGCGCAAGUUGCCAUGAAAGGGAGAUCCAGAGGCUCUUUAAGAAGCUUCAGACCAUGUCUGGGUCUCCAACAGAGACAUGCAGCCAGACCCAAAACAGUAGACCGCAUUCCUCCUCAUCUUCCUCCACCAGCAGCAGUACAAGACAGAUUAGGGCAACCUCAGCGCCACCUUUAAGUCCAGAUGACUCUGCUGCUGAAAGCCAAAGUUCAACUUCCUCGGCCAGAGAAAAGGAGCUUUUGUCGGUGUCACCAGCACACGCCACGGUCUCUUGUUUCUUAGAGGAGGAGAACUUGCGCUCCGAGGCGCUGCUGCAUAGACUGGACUCUCACAUUGACGGAAUGAGCGAGAGCAUCGUCAGAACCAUGGCCAAGUUCCUGAAAAAUGACUUGGGGUCCGACCAAAUAGAGUGGCCGGAGAUGGAGUCACAGCAUUAGCAGGCAAGCUGUUUUCUUCAUCCUGAAUUCAUCAACUCAGAGCCUCGGGUUCACCUAAGUUUGUCCUAAUAGCUGCAGCUGUUUCACUUGAUAAACACAUUAGGUUAACUUGUCACUUUUAAUUGUCAUUUUACUUUUUUUUUUCUUUAUUUUACUUCCGCCUUGAAUAUUUUUUUCUACAUACCAGAACGAUUGUGACACAGGACUGUUUAUUAAAGGUCAACGGUUAAGUGAAUUGUCUUUUGUCAGCCCCUAAAACCUGAUUGGUCCAAAUAUUUGCAGUUUGGACUGUAACUGGAAGGUUUCAAGUGAAGGAUUUAACAUUAAUGCAUACAUAUAUAUGUUUCCAUUCAUAAGAAAAGAAUUUUAAAGGUUGAGGAGUUUUCAUUCACCAAGUCUGUCUGCCAUAACUGCCUUAACAGGAUGUCAUACAAGCUUUAAUAACAGUGCCAUUCAAGAUUGUAGGACUCCCCCUGCUGGCCUCCCCUCUUUUCCCACAGUGAUCUUUUCCCUCUGACCUCCUCUGUCUACAUUAUUUUAAACUUAGGGAAUGCUAAAAUCGAUAAAUAUAUUUUUACAGCUUUUUGUAAUGGACACAUGGAAAUAAUUUAAAUAAAAGCAUGGAAACCAAGCUGAACUUCUGCAUCCAAGUCCUCUGACUGUGUUCUAAUGUUGAUGAUCUGUUGAACUGUCACACAUCUCCUCCCAUGUCUUUGCGUCAGCAACCACCAAAACUGUCCAAGAGAGUUUCAACACUCACCUUAAGACUCGCUCUAUAUAACCUAAUAAUCAGGUUGAAAAUCUUGGGGUAAUGCUGGACCCAGACCUGAACUUUACCAGCCAAAUUAAAUAAAUAACAUCAGCAGCCUUUUAUCAUUUAAAAAUCUCUACAAGAAUCAGAGGAAUAGUGUCUAAACCAGAUUAAAAAAAACUAAUCUAUGCAUUUGUCUGUAACAGGUUAGCAGACUACUGUAACGGCCUGCUCACUGGGCUCUCUAA